GCGGAGGAGAACAUGGCGGCCGCGGAGAGCGGCUGAAAUGCCUGUUCUUCAGGCCCGGCGAGCGCGAGUCUGACGCGAUCCGCCGAGCGCGCCCCUCAGACGGCUGGCCCGCGGCCUCGAGUGCCUGGGCCGCGUCGCUCCCCGCAGUUCGUCCGCGACAGCCGGCGCCCGCGGGCGCGUCCUGCAUCCCCCGCGGGGGGACCCCAGCGCCGACCAGGGGGCAGCGAGCGGCGGCGGGAGGCCGCGGCGGCGGCGGCGGCGCCACGGUCGCGGGCGAGCGCGGCCCGGCGGCGGCAGAUCUGUCCAUACUGAUGGAAAUGAUGUAACUGGCACUGACACAAUCAAGAAUCCUCCAACAAGGUCUUGCUGCCGAAUGAAGUCACUAUUUAGAAUUUGUACUUAUUCUAAGCUGUCCACAUAACUGACCUUAAACGAGGCGAGAGUGAAGAGACCAGAUCCGUCUCUGGAGAAACAUUGUUCCUUCAGUUCCUGGAAACUACCCUCUGGAGCUCUAGAGGUGCCCGUACUAUCUGUUGUGCAGACUCAUGAUGAACAAAGAAGUCUCCCAGGUGUGAAGUUUUCAACAUGAGUGGCCUCGGGGACAGUUCAUCCGACCCUGCAAACCCAGACUCUCACAAAAGGAAAGGAUCGCCAUGUGACACGCUGGCAUCAAGCACUGAAAAGAGGCGCAGGGAACAAGAAAAUAAAUAUUUAGAAGAGCUAGCUGAGUUAUUAUCUGCCAACAUCAGCGACAUCGACAGCUUGAGUGUAAAGCCAGACAAAUGCAAGAUUUUGAAGAAAACAGUCGAUCAGAUACAACUAAUGAAGAGAAUGGAACAAGAGAAGUCAACAACUGAUGAUGAAGUGCAGAAAUCAGACAUCUCCUCGAGCAGUCAAGGCGUGAUCGAGAAGGAAUCCUUGGGGCCUCUCCUUCUGGAGGCUUUAGAUGGAUUUUUCUUUGUUGUGAACUGUGAAGGGAGAAUUGUAUUCGUGUCUGAAAAUGUGACUAGCUACUUGGGUUACAAUCAGGAGGAAUUAAUGAACACGAGUGUCUACAGCAUCCUGCACGUGGGAGACCAUGCAGAAUUUGUGAAAAACCUGCUACCAAAAUCACUAGUAAAUGGAGUCCCUUGGCCUCAAGAGGCAACACGACGAAAUAGCCAUACCUUUAACUGUAGGAUGCUAAUUCACCCUCCAGAUGAGCCAGGUGCUGAGAACCAAGAGGCCUGCCAGCGGUAUGAAGUAAUGCAGUGUUUCACUGUGUCCCAGCCAAAAUCGAUCCAAGAGGAUGGAGAAGAUUUCCAGUCCUGUUUGAUCUGUAUUGCACGGCGGUUGCCUCGGCCUCCAGCCAUGACGGGCGUAGAAUCCUUCAUGACCAAGCAAGAUACGACAGGUAAAAUCAUCUCUAUCGAUACGAGUUCCCUGAGGGCUGCUGGCAGAACUGGCUGGGAAGAUUUAGUGAGGAAGUGCAUCUACGCCUUUUUCCAACCUCAGGGCAGGGAGCCGUCUUACGCCAGACAACUCUUUCAAGAAGUGAUGACUCGUGGCACUGCCUCCAGCCCAUCCUAUAGAUUCAUAUUGAAUGAUGGGACAAUGCUUAGCGCCCACACCAAGUGUAAGCUUUGCUACCCUCAAAGUCCAGACAUGCAGCCUUUCAUCAUGGGGAUUCAUAUCAUCGACAGGGAACACAGUGGGCUUUCUCCUCAAGAUGACACUAAUUCUGGAAUGUCAAUUCCCCGCAUAAACCCCGCCGUCAACCCCAGUAUCUCUCCAGCCCAUGGCGUGGCCCGUUCAUCCUCAUUGCCAUCAUCCAACAGCAGCAUGGUACCCACUCGCAUAAACCGCCAACAGAGCUCAGACCUUCAUAGCAGCAGUCACAGUAAUCCCAGCAACAGCCAAGGGAAUUUUGGAUGCUCACCUGGAAAUCAGAUUGUAGCCAGUGUUGCCUUAAACCAGGGGCAGGCCAGUUCCCAGAGCACUAACCCCUCUCUAAACCUCACUAAUCCUCCCAUGGAAGGUACAGGAAUAUCCCUCUCACAGUUCAUGUCUCCUAGGAGACAGGUUGGUUCUGGAUUGGCAACGAGGCCCAGGAUGCCGAACAAUUCAUUUCCUCCCAAUAUACCCACAAUUAGCUCCCCUGUUGGCAUGACAAGUAGUGCCUGUAACAAUAGUAACCGAUCUUAUUCAAACAUCCCAGUACCAUCUUUGCAGAACAUGAAUGAAGGACCCAAUAACUCCACGGGCUUCUCUGCCAGCUCCCCAGUCCUCAGGCAGAUGAGCUCACAGAAUUCACCUAGUAGAUUAAAUAUCCAGCCAGCAAAAGCUGAGUCCAAAGAUAACAAGGAGAUUACAUCCAUUUUAAACGAGAUGAUUCAGUCUGACAACAGCUCUGGUGACUGCAAAACUCUGGAUUCCGGGCUUCUGCAUAACAGUGACAGACUCUCCGAAGGAGACAACAAAUACUCCCAAACCAGCCACAAGCUGGUGCAACUCUUGACGACGACCGCGGAGCAGCAGCUCCGGCACGCGGAGAUAGACACAAGUUGCAAAGAGGUCCUGUCCUGCACAGCCGCUUCCAACUCGGCCUCUGCUAACCCUUCGGGCGGCUCCUGCCCCUCGUCUCAUAGCUCGCUGACAGAGAGGCACAAAAUCCUCCACCGGCUCUUACAGGAGGGCAGCCCCUCAGAUAUCACCACUUUGUCUGUUGAGCCUGAGAAAAAGGACACCGCAGCUGCCGGUGUGUCAGUGACGGGACAGGUGCAGGGCAGCUCCGGCAUAAAGCUCGAACUGGAUGCUUCAAAGAAAAAAGAAUCAAAAGACCAUCAGCUCCUACGCUACCUUUUAGAUAAAGACGAGAAAGAUUUACGCUCGACCCCCAGCCUGAGCCUGGACGAUGUCAAGGUGAAAGUGGAAAAGAAGGAGCAGAUGGAUCCUUGUAACACAAACACAACCCCAAUGACCAGACCUGCUCCUGAGGAAAUUAAGCUGGAAUCCCAGAACCAGUUUGCAGCUGACCUUGACCAGUUUGAUCAGUUACUACCCACGCUGGAGAAGGCGGCACAGCUGCCAGGCUUAUGUGAGGCAGACAGGAUGGAUGGUGCCGUCAGCAGUGUAGCCAUCAAAUCGGAGAUCCUGCCGGCUUCACUUCAGUCCACCACUGCCAGACCCACUGCCCGGCUGAAUAGAUUGCCUGAGCUGGAAUUAGAAGCAAUUGAUAACCAGUUUGGACAACCAGGAACAGCUGAUCAGAUCCCAUGGACAAAUAAUACAGUGACAGCUGUAACUCAGAAUAAGCCAGAAGACCAGUGUAUUAGUUCACAAUUAGAUGAGCUUCUCUGUCCACCGACGACAGUAGAAGGAAGGAAUGAUGAAAAGGCUCUUCUUGAACAGCUGGUGUCCUUCCUCAGUGGCAAAGAUGAGACCGAGCUAGCUGAGCUGGACAGAGCUCUGGGAAUCGACAAACUUGUUCAGGGAGGUGGAUUAGACGUCUUAUCAGAGAGGUUUCCACCACAGCAAGCUACACCACCUUUGAUGAUAGACGAAAGACCCAAUCUUUAUUCCCAGCCUUACUCUUCUCCGUCGCCUACUGCCAACCUCUCGAGCCCCUUCCAAGGCAUGGCCAGGCAAAAACCUUCCAUGGGGACUGUGCCUGUUCAAGUAACACCUCCCCGAGGUGCUUUUCCACCUGGCAUGGGCAUGCAGCCCAGGCAGACUCUAAACAGACCUCCAGCUGCCCCCAACCAACUGCGACUUCAACUUCAACAGCGAUUACAGGGACAGCAGCAGUUGAUACACCAGAAUCGACAAGCCAUUCUGAACCAGUUUGCAGCGACCACUCCUGUUGGCCUCAGUAUGAGAUCAGGCACGCAGCAGCAAAUGACCCCUCAGCCGCCCCUGAAUGCCCAGAUGCUGGCACAGCGGCAGCGGGAGUUGUACAGUCAGCAGCACCGGCAGCGGCAGCUAAUCCAGCAGCAGAGAGCCGCGCUCAUGAGGCAGCAAAGCUUCGGGAACAGCCUCCCCCCCUCGUCGGGACUGGGACUGCCCGUGCAGAUGGGGAGCCCCCGGCUUCCUCAGGGUGCUCCGCAGCAGUUCCCCUACCCGCCCAACUACGGUACAAAUCCAGGAACCCCGCCUGCUUCUACCAGCCCGUUUUCGCAACUGGCAGCAAAUCCUGAGGCCACCUUGGCCAACCGCAACAGCAUGGUGAACCGAGGCAUGUCAGGGAACAUGGGAGGACAGUUCAGCACUGGCAUCAAUCCUCAGUUGCAACAGAACGUCUUCCAGUACCCAGGAUCAGGAAUGGUGCCCCAAGGUGAGGCAAAUUUUGCUCCAUCGCUAAGUCCCGGAAGCCCCAUGGUCCCGAUGCCGAUCCCUCCUCCUCAGAGCUCUCUGCUCCAGCAGACUCCACCUGCUUCUGGGUACCAGUCUCCGGACAUGAAGGCCUGGCAGCAAGGAGCAAUGGGAAACAACAAUGUGUUCGGCCAAGCUGUCCAGAACCAGCCCCCACCUGCGCAGCCCGGAGUCUACAACAAUAUGAGCAUCACCGUGUCCAUGGCCGGCGGGAACACGAGCGUGCAGAACAUGAACCCCAUGAUGGGCCAGAUGCAGAUGAGCUCUUUGCAGAUGCCAGGAAUGAGCGCCGUGUGCCCUGAGCAGAUAACUGAUCCGGCACUGCGACACACAGGCCUGUACUGCAACCAGCUCUCAUCCACUGACCUUCUCAAAACAGAAACAGACGGAACCCAGCAGGUACAGCAAGUUCAGGUGUUUGCUGAUGUCCAGUGUACAGUGAAUCUGGUAGGCGGGGACCCUUACCUGAACCAGCCUGGUCCACUGGGAACUCAAAAGCCCACCGCAGGACCACAGACCCCCCAGGCCCAGCAGAAGAGCCUCCUUCAGCAGCUACUGACUGAAUAACCACUUUUAAAGGAAUGUGAUAAUAAUAAUAAUAAUAAUAAUAAUACAUACAGAGAUAUACAAAUAUAUUCUAUUUUUUCUGAGAUUUUUGAUAUCUCAGUCUGCAGCCAUUCUUCAGGUCGUAGCAUUUGGAGCAAAAUAAAAAAAAAAAAAGAAAGAAAGAAAAGAAAAGAAAAAAAAAAAAGUCCACUUCUGUUGGGAGAGUGAAAGAUGGGCUUUGUCUCUUCGCAAAGGCCUCCGCUAUUGGAAAGACUCACAAGGCAGGAGGAGCCAUUGGACAAUCCGUCUCUUGAGCCGAAUUCAAUCUUGCUUACUUUUGUGAUCAAUCAUUGGCUUCUUAAUCUGAAUGAAGAGAACCGAGACGACAGCUUCCACGAGGAGGUGAGGCUCCCCCUCCACCGGCUCAGUGGACCGGGGAAGAAGGGCUCUUCUGUGCCCCGCCCCCACUCCCACCAAAGGUCAUAGGGCUCCUAAAUCAGCCGCACAGCCCUUCUCGACCUACCGACCGACCCCAGACAGCGUGUGUGUACAAUCAGCUUCUUCUAGCCACUCUCCGUGUUGGCUUCAAGACAAUAUUUUGUCUCCAUGUACAUACCCUUCUCCUUUAAAAAGAAAAGGAAAAAAAAUUAAAAAGAGAUGGAUUUAAACCAAGAUGCCUCCAGGAACGAGGACAGCAAUGCAUAUAUUCACAGAGGAAUCCAAAAAAGUACAGUUUUGGGGAAAAAAAUGCAAUAAUUUUUGAUGAGAUGGGUGAAGGACAAGAAACAAGUUCUGUCAAUUAUUGUAGAUACAAUUUUCUGAUUAAAUCUGGAAGAAAAAAUAAAUAGAAGGCAGCCUAUCCUUUCUGCUUUUAUUGUAUUAACAGCCUGAGGUAGCUCAACUUAUUUAAAAUAAAAUAAAAUUAAAUUUAUGAUCCAAGCAGCUUAUCUUUCCCUUCAGAUCUCACUGUAAAUAUCUAUCCGAUUUCCUGUAGUUGAUUUCCUCCUGUUCAGUUUUAUGACUUUAUGAUCAUACUCUUUGAUUUUUCUAAAUACAUGUGUGAAAUAGAACAUUGACUUGCAGUUACAUUGGGCAAGGAAUAUUUCAUUGUUUGAACAACUGUGACACCAUGUUAUGGAUUUACUUUGGGGUUCAAACCAAAAUGCCAGAAUGAGCUGUUCCAGGUGAGCUGGCGCUUGUGGCCCUGGCAGGCGCUGGGGACAUGCGGCUUGAGGGCAAUGUGAGGAAUUAGCACCAGAGGUGCCGGGUUACAUUGUACAGAGAAAAUUUUUGUACUCAAAGAAAAAAAAAAAAAUUCUUUUUUUUUUUUUUUGGAAUUUUCACCAGUGCAAAUAGAAAUUUUGCUCUUUCUGCUCUGAGGCUCAUUGGUACUAGAUGUGACCUCUGUGUGUUGUCUCUCUGCCACAUCCUGUCUCAUCCUGGCCCCUGAGGCAGGAGCCCAGUGAACUGACUUGCUAGUCCUAGAAGUUCCACUGCAAGGCCAGGCAAAGCUUGAGAAAGGUUUUGGGGAAGUAGCAGAAGUAGAGCCCCUCCCUCCCUGCCUUCCUCCCUCCCUCCCCUCACUUGCCUUUACCUGCGUCUGGGCCCGUGAAUGGUGACAACAUCUGACAUUGUACACCAGCUCUCUCUGCUCCCCCAGCAGAGGCAAGGCCAUAAGAACUAACCCUGGAAGAAGGACACGGACUCAGACACCAAGGAAGAAGCCAUUUUCCCAGGUCCUCCUCUGUGGAUCUCACCACCCCCAGUCACAGAUGACUCCACUGAACAGCAUCUAUUCAGAAACUACACCGAAUAAAAAGAUUGGAAGGGCUCAUGUGGGGGAGCAGCUGUGAAACAGAAGUAGGACACUCAGUCACAAACACUAUCUCUUGUAGUUUUCCAGAGGAAAAAGAAAACGCAGCCAUGGUUUCUUUCAUUCCCAGCUUCGAAAGCCCGGCCAUGUUACUCUAGCCCCCUGCAAACUGCUCCCGGACGGAGGUCAUUUCUGGUUUUGUUUGUGAUACUUUGUGCCGCAGACUUCAGGAAGUCCACUUUUAACUCCAGCAUUCCAGAUGAAGUUUCCUGACUCGCUGCUUUUGCAUAAGGAACUAGACAGAAAAAGUGGUGAGGAGAAUCAGAGAUGUGAACAUCCUUCCCCAUCCCAACUGCACCUUGACGUUUGCAUGUCACCUUGAAGGUUUUAUAAUUGCACUGUUUGUUUUAUGUAUGUACAGAUUAAAAUUAUUGCUACAUUUGAGGAAAAUAAAAUUGCUUGCUUCUA